CAGGUUGUUUGCGAAGUGAACUUUGUAUCAGAAAAGAAGACAUCUGAAGUCUGCUAAAAUGUCAACUGAGAUAAUAUUUUCUGGGAAGUUGUCGGAGACAAAUCCUGAGACUUCGCCAGUCAUUAUAGUAGGACAAGUGAAGAACCUCACCAGGAUUUCUUUCAAUGAUGUUAAGAUGAAACUGGAACCUCGGGUGGAUGCUGAGACUUUUGAGAAAGCAGUUGCAGGCCUUCACCCUUCCCCGACAGAUUCCUGUCCACUUUGGCUGAACAAUGCUGCAGUGGCUGCUCUGCCCACAAAGUGUAGUCGUCACAACACACCCUCUCGAGCACACGCUCUGUCCAAGGUUGUAAAGACCUUUAUUGGAAACAGUACCAGUGAAUAUGUUGUUAUUGUUUGUGAGAGGGGUGAUGUUUUGGCAUCUGGUUGUGCUGUGGCCCGUGUUCUUCCAUUAUUUAAUGGUAAAUCCAAUGCCUCAACAGAAGAUCGCACCAUCACUGUUGAAUUCCUCCUGGUCGGUGAUGGCAAUGAGACACACUUGACUGAACAAGACCUAGCAUGUCUUGCUGCAGAAGCUAAAGGAGUGCGACUUGCAGCAAAGAUUGUUGAUAUUCCAUGCUCAGAAAUGCACACUGAUGGUUUCCUUAAAGAAAUCCAAACCGUAGGCGAUGAGCUCAAUAUACGUCCAAUGAUCAUCAGAGGCGAAGAUUUAGAUAGGCAGGGAUUUGGAGGUUUAUACACUGUGGGAAAAGCAGCAGACCAUCCUCCUGCUCUUGCCAUCCUUAGUCAUCAACCAGCAGGAGCGACUAAGAGCAUUGCUUGGGUCGGCAAGGGUAUUGUGUUUGAUUCUGGUGGCCUCUGCAUCAAAACUAAGACAGGUAUGUGUGGGAUGAAGAGAGAUUGUGGCGGAGCAGCUGGUAUCCUGGGAGCUUUUUAUGCCGCUGUCAAAAUGGGUUUCAGUGAGAACCUGCAUGCAGUGUUCUGCCUGGCAGAGAAUGCGGUAGCUUCGAUAGCAGCUCGACCAGAUGAUAUCUUCACCAUGUACUCAGGCAGAACAGUAGAAAUGAACAAUACUGAUGCAGAAGGGCGUCUUGUUUUAGGAGAUGGGGUAGCAUAUGCUAGAAAAGAUCUGAAAGCUGAUGUAGUCGUAGAUAUGGCAACAUUGACUGGUGCUCAGGGUAUAGCUACAGGGAAAUAUCAUGCCUCUGUGGUGACCAACAAUGAGGAUAUAGAGCUGGCUAGUGUUAAGGCAGGCAGAGCCAGUGGUGACCUUGUUCAUCCAAUGCCUUACAGCCCAGAACUCCACUACAGUGAGUUUGCUAGUGCUGUGGCUGAUAUGAAGAACUCUGUUGCGGAUAGGGCUAAUGCACAAGUAUCUUGUGCUGGUCUGUUUAUCGCCUCACACCUUGGCUUUGACUACCCUGGCACUUGGCUCCAUAUAGAUAUGGCUUAUCCUGUUCAUAGUGGAGAAAGAGCAACAGGAUAUGGUGUUGCCUUGUUGACGACAUUGUUUGGCCAGCUAUCCCACAGUUCCUUGCUGCAACAGAUGGCACCCUCUAUAACACUGACAGAGGUGAUGGACACAGACACAGUGGAUUGUUCAGACAAUAAUAAGAAGAUGCGACUCAGCUAGAGGGACAGCCAUCUCUGUUCAGUCUAAAUGGAGUCUGAUAAUUCCUUCUAAAAUAUAUCUGCUUAAUAUUUAAGUGUAACAUUAAGAGGUUGUCUACAGGGAAAUUUUACUUUUAAUGCAUCAAGUUCACCCAAAUCACAUUAAAAUAUUUUAAAAAGUCAUUGUGAUUAAUGAUGAAGAAAUUCAGGAUAUAUUCUAAAAUGCGGUAGCCUGCCGUUCCACCCGAAAGAAUCCCACAAUUUUAUGAAGUAUCUUUGUGAAUGAGAUCAAAAUGAUGAAGAUGAAACGUAGAAAAGGACGCAAUAUUUCUCAGAUGUAUGUUCAAAAUUUCAAAAUGAAGUCUAUCCUGUUUUAUGUGUAUCAAGUGUAAACCAUGUGUUCUAUUAUGUUAACUCAAUCUGAAGCAAAUCUAUCAUAUACAGUGCAUCAGUAGACAAAGUAUGUGAUAUAAAUACUGGAAGGUCUUUAUUGAAAGUGCUUUAAAUUUUGUAGACAAUUUCUAAAGAGGACAAAUUAUUAGUUACAAUAAAUUCCCAAAA